ACGCGCGCGCUUCCCGCCGGGUGACGCGCGGCUUCCUCGCUGCGGAGAUGGGAGCGAGGUAGCGCUGGGCCUGCAGUGCGGCGGCGCUGAAGGCGAGCAGCCUGGUGCGAUCACUGCGGGCCGGCUUUUCCACUCGGGCUCCAGCCCGAGCUAGGAGGAGACUCACCCCCCCCACCCCACCCCGGAACCCUGGAAGGCCGUAGAAGGGCGCCGAUCAGAACAGCGAGCCGCUCCGCGUCACCGCAAGCCCCGCGGCGGGGAGGGGCCGGGCAGCUCCGGGCGGAGCCCGCCAGCCAUGGACACGCCCCCGGGCGCCGGCCCGGCCUCCCUGCGCUUCGCCGCCGCCGGCUGCUGGCAAGUGGUGCGCGGACGCUGCGUGGAGCAUUUUCCGCGGGUCUUGGAGUUCCUGCGGUGCUUGCGAUCCACUGCCCCGGGCUUGGUUCGCUACCGUCACCAUGAGCGCCUGUGUAUGGGCUUAAAGGCCAAGCUGGUGGUGGACCGGAUCCUGAAGGACCGGCCUUGGGCCGAGGUUCUGAGUGCCCUGCAGCAGCACUUCCCUGAGUCUGGACCCGCAGUGCGGGACCCCAAAAUUACAAAACAGGACCUGAGGAAGAUCUCAGAGGCACAGGAAACCUUUUGCCAGCAGGUGAGGCAGCUAGCGGAGGCCCCUGUGGAUCUGGCUGUGAAGCUGCAGGAACUUGAACAAGAGUAUGGGGAUUCCUUUAUGGCUGCCAUGGAAAAGCUGUUUUUUGAAUAUUUGUGUCAGCUGGAAAAAGCACUACCCGCUCUGGAUACACAGCAGCUUCAGGAUGUGCUCAGUUGGAUGCAACCCGGAAUUUCUAUCACUACCUCUUCUGCCUUCAGGCAAUAUGUAGUGGACAUGGGCUGGCCAUUUCCAGAGUGUUCUGUUAGUAAUUCAGUGGACACGAGAGAGUCCAUGGAAAAGAGUCCUCCUCAGCAGCCAAGACUAACAUUCCACAGUCCUCUGCUGGAAGCCAAGCCCAGCCCACACCUUCCUAAGGGACAAGCCACAAGGAAAAACGAAGAAGCUUUGGCUGGCCACCACUUCAAUCUGGCCCCUUUAGGUCGGCGAAGAGCCCAGACCCGAUGGGCAUCCAUUAGGGGAAACUAUAAGGAGCGCCCCACAGUGAAAUUGUUCCCCUUUCGGAAUCUGGGUCCAUCUGUACAGCCUGAGGACAGGGAAGAACAUGGGGGACACAUGGAAGACCCUGCAGGUGCUGUGGGCAAGAAAGCUGCCUCCAGUGGAAAGUCAAGGGGUCCGCCCCAGGACCCAGGGGGAAGGGCAGUGGAGAGCUCAGUUGACUUUUCUGCCUCAGAGCAAAAGGAGAACUGCUCAGAUUGCUCCAUGGGCUCCCUGAGAUUGUCCCUGUCACCUUCAAGAGCCAGAAUCCCAGAGUGUCCUUCACCUAUGUGCAGCUCUGUCGUUACCAUAGGGGACUUGGUUUUGGAUUCUGAAGAGGAAGAAAGUAGCCAAGGAAAGGAAUCCCUGGAGAACUAUCAGAAGACAAAGUUUGACACCCUGAUCCCCACCUUCUGUGAAUACCUCCCCUCCUCUGCACCUAGUGCUGCCCCUUCCUGUGUCCACAGAAACAGUCCUAGGCGCCUGUGAUGGGACUGGUAUGCCCUCUGCUCUCUGCCUGUCUCCUCAAUUCUGCACACAUCUUAGUGGGAAUAAAGUGGAAUCCCAGCCCUGA